UAUUAAAAUUUUCAAAACAAUGCCUAGAUAAAAACUCUGUUGUCGACAAAAAAAUCAAAACUCCGGUCUAUAGUCGCGACGGAGAAAGGUUCUACUUGCUACAGCUUCACCGGUCGGGUCAACACAGUCGGGUCGGGUCAAACAUUGCUGGGUUGUGUCAAUUAAAGUUCUGCUUUGAGAAUUUUGACUUCAAUUUUGUCGCGGUUUCGUCGAAUUGAUCGGAUUGAAUGGAGAAGUCCGUCGUCGUAGUCCGCCGCGAAACCAACGGAGACGACGUCGAGGGACGAGAAGCCCUCUUCGCACAGCUCAAAGCUCUCUCCUUGGAGCUUCUAAGCCUCUCGCAAACCUCUCAAAAGGAUCCGGCCAUGAUCCCUGAGCUGCUCAGCCUCCUCCGCCGUGCUCCUCCGUCGUCUCUGCAGUCCUUCUUCCACUACACUUUGUUCCCUUUGCUUCUUCUGCUAGACGCUGCAGUAGCUUGCAGGAGUGAAGGAGGAGGUGUUGUUGUUCCUUACAGAGUGAGUGAUAAAGUAGCUGAAGGUGUAGUCUCUUGUCUCGAGGAGCUUCUAAAGAAAUGCCACGUCGGAUCCGUUGAUCAGAUGUUUGUGAUUAUGAAGAAGUUGACUAGUGGUGCUGUUUUGACGCCGUCUGAGGCCUCUGAGGAGUUUCGUGAAGGGAUCAUCAGAUGUUUCCGAGCGAUGAUCUCUGGUUUGGUUCCAUGUUCUGAUGAUUCCUGCGGAUGUAAGGGGACUCUUGGCUGGCCUCAGCUGUCGGAUAGAGGAGAUUGUCAGACUCGGAAGGUUUCAGAGUUUGGUUUAGAAACGACGGGAGAAUGCUUGGUGGCGUUUCUUCAGUCUCACUCUGCUUUGGCUGCUGUGGGUCAUUGGCUUUCCAUUCUUCUCAAAGUGGCUGAUGCUGAGGCUUCACGAGGACAUAGAGGAAGUGCACACCUUCGAGUUGAGGCCUUUAUGACCUUACGAAUACUUGUGGCUAAGAUUGGUACUGCUGAUGUGUUGGCAUUUUUUCUACCUGGUGUUGUUAGCCAAAUGGCCAAAGUGUUGCAUGUUUCAAGAGCAAUGAUUAGCGGAGCUGCAGGAAGCGUUGAUGCAUUGGACCAAGCAAUUAGAUGUUUAGCCGAGUUUCUCAUGAUAGUCCUUGAUGAUGAGGCUAAUUCAUCGGCUCUCGGUAUUUAUGAUGAUGAUGAUGAUACUAAGCUGCAGAAGCAUGAAUCUGCACACUCAGUUUUGGACGAACUUCGUUCUCUAACAACAAAAUCUCAAGGGCAGAGGACAGAAACUACAAGCCAAGAGAUUGUUAAAAUCAACAAUGGACAAGAAAAAUCGAGUCAGAAACUGAGUGGUGACUCCUUUCGUAUUGAACGUACAAAGGAAUGGUUAGAGAACACAACAUGUCACGUGAAUAAGCUCUUGUGUGAGACGUUUCCUCAUAUUCUUAUUCACCCAGCUGGAAAAAUUAGAUGGGCGUUUCUAGCAGCAAUACGUGGACUGCUAUCUAAGAGCCCUUGUUCAUUAAAGGGUGCCAGGCUAGUGAUGUUGGAAUGCGUAUGUACUCUGGUUGUUGAUGACUCUGAUGAAGUCUCUGUAGCAGCUCAGGAAACUCUCGACCACUUAUUCUCUGAACGUACAAAGUAUCAAGUAGAGAGCGACAUAAGCAAGAUUUUUACCAGACUACUGGAGAGGCUACCAAAAGUGGUUUUGGGGAAUGAGGAAUUGCCUGCACUUUCGGUUGUGAAGCAGUUACUUGUGGUCACUUAUUACUCUGGUCCUCAGUUUCUGGCGGAUCAUCUUCAGUCUCCAAUAACAGCUAGCAGAUUCCUGGAUACAUUUGCUCUCUGUCUGAGCCACAAUUCAGCAUACACUGGCUCUCUUGAGAAGCUCAUCGCAGACAGGCCUACUUCAUCGACCGGUUACCUCCCUUCCAUCACAGAAUUAAAAGUGACCAGUCGCAGCCACGCUGAAUCAGAUCAAGGAAAGCUGGAGAUAUCACAGACCAGUAGCUUUGUGUUACCUCGAAUGCCACCUUGGUUCUCUUAUGUUGGUAGUCAGAAGCUCUACGAGAUGCUCGCUGGUAUCCUUAGACUUGUAGGUUUAUCCUUAAUGGCAGGACCUGAAAACGAUGGCAGUUUAGCAGUCAUCCUGGACAUUCCUUUGGGGUUUUUCCGUAGAUUGGUUUCAGAAGUUCGUGUAAAAGAGUACAACGGAGAAGACUGGGAAACAUGGUGUAAUCGAACUGGUUCAGGACAGUUAGUACGCCAGGCGGCAACUGCUGCUUGUAUCUUGAACGAGAUGAUUUUUGGUCUAUCAGAACAAGCAACUGAUGCUCUCUCAAGACUGCUUCGGAAGAAGUCAAGAAAGGGAAGAGACAACAAACUCUCCUGGGAAGUCUCAUGGAACAAACGUGCAAAGACUCAUCUGAUCGAUUGCGUUGGUAAAAUCUUGCACGAGUACCAAUCUUCUCAAGUGUGGGAUCUCCCAGUGAACCAAACCGAUCCCACCGAUGUUGAACAUAUUAGUCUGCAUUUCUUAAGGGACACUGCAAUGCUACACCAAGUUAUAAUAGAAGGAGUCGGUGUGUUUUCGUUGUGCCUUGGGGAAGAUUUUGCUUCGAGUGGGUUUCUUCACUCUUCGCUUUACCUCCUGCUUGAGAGUCUUACGUGUUCAAGCUUCCAAGUUAGAAACGCUUCUGACGCUGUCUUACGUCUUCUUGCUACCACCUCUGGCCAUCCCACUGUAGGGCAUCUGGUUGUAGCAAAUGCAGAUUAUGUUGUUGACUCUAUUUGUCGUCAGCUGCGCCAUCUGGAUCUUAAUCCUCAUGUUCCAAGUGUUCUUGCUGCUAUGCUUUCUUAUAUAGGAGUUGCCCAUGAAAUAUUGCCUUUGUUGGAGGAACCGAUGCGAUUGGUUUCUCAAGAGCUAGAGAUUGUUGGUAGACAGCAUCAUCCAAAUCUAACUCUACCCUUCUUGAAGGCUGUUGUUGAGAUUGUCAAAGCAUCUAAGAACGAGGCUUGUCUAUUACCAGACCAAGCCAAGUCAUAUAGUGACCAGGUUAAGACCAAAGCAUCUGAUGCAAUAACAUCGGCGCAAGAGAAGGGUUCAAAUUCCGAGGAUAAAUUUAAUGAAGAAGAAUGGGAACACAUACUGCUUGAACUGAAUCGUUCUAAAAGAUACAGACGCACAGUUGGAUCGAUCGCCUCUUCUUGUUUAGUUGCAGCCACACCUCUCCUUGCAUCAUCAAAUCAAGUUUCAUGCUUGGUUGCUCUCGAUAUAAUCGAGGAAGGAAUAGUGACACUGGCUAAAGUGGAGGAAGCUUAUCGAGCUGAGACAGAAACUAAAGAGACGAUGGAAGAAGUCAUUGAGUUUGCUUCACUCUAUCAGCUUAAAGACUACAUGAAUGCCACCGACGAUGGAGCAGAUGAAAACCGUCUCUUACCUGCUAUCAACAAAAUAUGGCCAUUCUUUCUUGCUUGCAUAAGAAACAGAAAUCCUGUGGCUGUAAGGAGAUGCUUGAAUGUGAUAACCAGAGUCAUUCAAACAUCUGGAGGAGACUUCUUCUCACGUCGUUUCCGCAACGAUGGCCAAGACUUCUGGAAGCUUUUAACAACAUCUCCCUUCCACGUUAUGACGCCAAAACACCUCCGAGAAGAGAACAAAUCAGUUCUCAGGCUUCCUUACAGAACCAUUUCUGAGUCAGCCUCUUCUUCCAUUGCUGAAGUUUCCAGCUUGAAAGUGCAAGCUGCACUUCUCAACAUGAUCGCUGAGCUUUCCAGAGACAAACGCUGUGCUUCAGCUUUAGAUGCAGUUUUGAAGAAAGUUGCAGGCUUGGUCGUUGGGAUAGCGUGCAGCGGCGUAACAGGGUUAAGAGAAGCGGCUUUGAAUGCUUUGAGAGGUUUGGCUUGCGUUGAUUCUGAUCUCAUUUGGAUUCUCUUAGCAGAUGUGUAUUAUUCUCUCAAGAAGAAGAGAGAUUUGCCUCUUCCACCUUCUCCUGAGUUUCCGGAUAUAUCAACGGUUUUGCCUCCACCACCUGAAGAUUCUCCGGGGAGGUUUCUGUAUGUUGAGUACGGUGGUCGGAGCUAUGGUUUUGAGUCGGAGUUUAGCUCCGUUGAGAACAUCUUCAAGAAAAUGCAGUCUCUUGUCUUUGCAGAUCAAAUGCGUUGUUCAUAACGCUGCUUGUAAAAACUUUUUCUUUCCCCGCGUCAACAUUUGACACUGAUUUGUUACUUAUUUCAUUGAAGAUUUUGUAGAAGGGCAUGCAGUAAAUUGUUAAAAGUUAAAAAGGGUGUUAGAUUGUGUUAAUGUUAAAAAAAAAAUGGGGAGAUGUGAGAUAUGCAAGAUAGUACAGGGACUUAAAUGAAAUCAUGAUCUCUUCUUGCUUCUUUGUACAUUUGGAGGCAAGUAAUAAAAUACCCAAUGUUAUAAGAAAAAAUUGGUGUCUAGGCACCCUUACUCGUGAUAAAACCUAAACAAACAAAACUAUUAAAAAAAAAAAUCAAUCUAGGCAUUCAAAACAUCUAAUUGCCACAUUGAGUAAUACAUUUUACAAUUGCGGAACUUGUUAGAUAGAUUGUUGUUUAGAGACUUGUUCGUUGCCGGUCUAAGACACAGCUACACAUAAGUUGCUGAGGAACUAUCCCAUUGGUCCUUGUGUAAACCAAACAUGGUACGAGACAUUUUGAACAUUGUUUAAACGAGUGAAAAGAAAACAGAUUCUAAACAAGGUCUCGAGUUUUAACAAGUUCCAAAAGUUUACAUAAGCGAGAACCACAGCUUUUUGUCCAACUAGGCAGAAAAGCAAAAGAUAGUAUUGAGAUUCAAAGCCAGGUUUGUUGAGCGGCCCAAGUGAAAGUUUACUCGACUUCAGCCAAGUAAUCGUCAAUCUCUGCCGGUGUUAGUACCCU